AACAUGGCGGCUGCCAUGGAGCUGAGAUGCUGGGGAGGAGACUGGGGUUUGCCUUCUGUCCACACCGAGUCCCUCAUAGUUCUGGCAUACGCCAAGUUUUCUGGUGCAAAAGUUACAGUUUCUCCUAUAGACUGGACAUGGAAAACUCUAACAGCAACAGUCCCAGAGCUGCUGUGUGGAGACUCUGCAGUUCAAGAACCGACACAGAUUCUCAACUUCCUGAGGAAACAGAGGUUUAAUGCAGACUAUGAACUGACAGCAAGACAAGGAGCAGACACCAUGGCAUACAUCGCUCUGCUUGAAGAAAAACUGCGACCAGCUCUGUUGCACACUUUCUGGGUGGAUGCAGAAAACUAUGCCAAUCUGACACGGCCGUGGUUUGCUUCACGCUCGCCAUUCCCUCUUAACUUUCUUGUCCCUAAUCGCCAUGCCAGCGUCGCCCUCUCCCGCAUCCUUCUGACCAAAGGAGAGGCGCCGCUGCACAGAAUCACUGAGGUGGAGGGAAAGAUCUACAGUGAUGCGAAAGAGUGCCUGAAUCUCCUCUCCUACAGACUGGGAACUGCUAACUACUUCUUUGGCAACAUGCCGACCAGUCUGGACGCCUUUGUGUUUGGUUUUUUGGCUCCAAUAUAUAAAGCCGGGCUCCCCAGCAGCCCUCUGCAGAGCCACCUCAGACAGCUGGAUAACCUCACGAGCUUCUGUGACACCAUCCUCGCAGUCUACUUCAGCUCGGACCAUUCCUGUCCUCCUCCUCCUGUUCAGGAAACAAUGGACGCCAACCUGCAGAAACUAACUCAGCUUGUAAACAAAGAAUCCAACUUGAUAGAGAAGAUGGAUGACAACCUUCGUAGCAGCCCUCAGCACAAACCCCACAGACCAGACCCCAAACCCAGUCUGGCCAGUGAGAAGAACUCGACUCCCGCCUGACCCCUGACCCGUCAACCCUGAUCCAGCCUUAUGAAUGGAGGAGGAACAGCCUGUCGAUGAAAGGUGCAGUUCUGAAUCUGACUCGACAUCCUCUAAUUUAAAAAAAAAGUCAUCCAGCUGAACUAUAGCUUGAACGGAAAAUAACCCAAUAAUUAACGGAAUGACUAUAUAAUUAUUAAAGAGACUAUUUUACAGAAACAUAAUGAUGAUAGAUAUCAAAGAUGUUGGUCUGAAAGAGAAGGAAAAGUGCAUGUAUGAGGGUAUUUAAUGAGGUUGAGCGCAUGUAUGUGGUUAAAGAUGGAAUGCUAUGAAGUGACGUUUGAUGAGAAAGAAAAAGUUCAGAGGAAAGCCGAAGGAAAUGAAAACUCCAGCGGUGAAAAGAAGUGGCACUUUUUUUUGCCUCUGAGUGGACCACUUAACCUCUUCUCCCAUUUUUUUCUGUAAAAAAAUAAUAUAUGUAAUUUACGUUUGUGUUUUUUCUGUUUUCCAUCACAUUACAGUUAAUGCACCAUAGCUAACACAUGGAAAUGACCUUGCUUGUGUCAUGAGGAUAUUGAAAUUAGUCAAAGUGAAAACAGACAACAUUUCAGCUCAACUCCCCCUAGCAUUUCCAGCUCAAAUUACUGUUGGUGCUUUUGUCUCAAAGACAACCGGAUCGCUUUCUGUUUGCCUCAGACCCUCACAACUACACACAACACAGGACCUACUGCCUUUUGUGUUCCUCUGUUAAGGCCUUUGGACACCAAGUCUGUAUUUUUCAUUCAAAAUUAUCAUUCAAGCAGUGAAUAAAAGGUGGCAUAACCUGCGGGAUACAUACAUACACAACAAGAGGAAGGAACAGGGGAGGCUACAGCCGGUUACUACAGCCUACAUUCAACAGGAAACAGAUAUCAACACUCAGGUGGAUGAAGAUGAAACAAAGAAUGAAGUCUGCACGGAGACAGACAGAGAGAGGGACAGUGUGGAGACACAAGGGGGCAGACAGCUCAGGCCCCUUUAAGUAGCCAAUGCGCAAAAUGCAAGACACAUAGAAGCAUGGCACCAACCAGGGAGGAACCUCUAUUCCCACAACAAAUGGAAAAUUAAAAUGCAUCAGACUCAGUCUGCAAGGUUUCUAUGGGUAUAAAAUACUAUCAAACAAUGGAUUUUAAAAAACUCACACAAAAAUACAGACUUGGUGUGUAAAGGCCUUUGUUUUAGUUGUUCCACUGACCACCAUUUGCCAUUUCUACUACAGAGACUGUAACUGCAUUGCAUUACACUGAUACUCUUUGGUAACUGUGAGUAGCUCCUGAGAGCUACUGUGUAAAACAAAAGUGCUAUCCUCUUCCUGCUUUGGUUGCACAGUGGUUAAUGCACUUCCUUUGUGCUGUAAAUUGAACCUUCUCCAGCGAAAUCAGAGCCGGCGAUAUACACAAUUAAAUAGUGAAAGCGAGACUAGGCAACCAGUCUAAUCAUUAUUAUAUCACCAAAACAGUGUGAAAUCAGCAAGCAAAAAACUUGUCUAUUUCCACUUUACAGACACAGAUGCAUCAGUCACUUGAACUGUGUUGCACUAGAGCACCUACAUUUGUUUAACUGUGUUACUCCACUUUAGGAAUCUGUUAUUUUAAGACGGAUCUCCAAUCCUUUCUCACCCUUUGAGCACAUGUCUCUCCUUUAUAUUAAUUGUAAAAAAAAUUCUGUCAAUUCUAAUUUGAAUUGGUGUAAUGUAUAGUAUGUAUACGGUUAAGACUAUAGGAAUAUCCAAUUACUUUUUUUCCUUUGCUCUCACUUUCUCUGCUUGUAUAGAUGUAAAUAUUUAUGUGAUUUGAAACAAUGCAAGUUACUCAUGGUUUCCUCAAAUAGGGCUGAUCAGCUUCCUCACAAUCUUUGUCUGAUACACAGAGGUAAUGGAAGGGACUUACACACUGUAGUAACAUUUCCAUGCAAAAUAUGUGAGACUAAUUUUGUGUUUUUGUUUUUCCAAAGGACUAUCAGAAACCAGUGUGUCUUUCAGUUAUAGUUUUUAAUAUAUAUUGUGUCAUUAACAAUCCACCUGCAGCUGUUGCCAUGGUUUUCCACAAUCACUCUUGUACAACAUUUAUUUUGUUUUUAUUAUUCUGCUGUGUUUGUAAGUUGCUGUGCCUAUUUGUCAGUCACCUUGUUGAAGUGUCUGUCCCAUCUGGGAAUGUCUCAUUAGAUGCCUUUUUUUUAAACUUUAUUUUUACUGUCUGUUGUUUUUUAACCGUCAUGUUCCCAAAUAUCCUCACAGCUCAUACACUGAUGGACUGAGUCUCCUCCAUGUGAUUUCUUUCAUGACUUCUCUCUCUCUUGGUCUAAAAGUAUGAAUACUGAAUACUUGUUGCAACUUCCCAAAAGAAUCACUUUAUGGUUACAUUCCCUUUAAAGCACCACAUCCUGAAACAAAAGCAUUUGUUUGUGUUUGUGUGCUGCCAAUUACAAAAUGUUGGACAGCAAACAGGCUUGUGAGGAUCAUAUGGGUGCAGUGUGCCUUCAUGACUGCUGGUGUCUUUGUACAACUGUCAACAUGUUAACAGUGUCCUUCAUCAUUUUGAUACAUUGCCAUAAAUGACCUUUGUUGUUUCUGUUACUGUUCAUUCUCUGUGGAUGGUUGUUAAACAACUGUCGUCAAAUUAUUGAAAUACAAAUAUGAUACUUCAAA